CUUUGAUUCGGUGGCAUGGUGCAGUGCAUUGUGGGUAAGACGUCCGACCGCUGCUAUAUCUGUCUUUCUGCACCGGCUGAAGGAGACAGUUAGUAGCUAUGAGAGGAAUCCGGUCUCUGAACAAUCUCCCCAAACGUUGCUACGCCGCUGCCAGGAGGAGUGAUUCUCUGACUGUACCCCUCCAAGGCCUCAAACCGUCCCCGGCUGCACCUCUCUCUCCCCAAAAUGUCCAGGUGUCCAAGCUUCCAAAUGGUCUGGUGAUAGCAUCACUGGAGAACUACUCCCCCUUGUCCAGUGUUGGUGUGUUUGUGAAAGCAGGUAGUCGCUAUGAGACUAUGGAAAACCAGGGUGUCUCUCAUGUGCUACGACUGGCAGCUAACCUGACGACUAAGGGCGCGUCUGCCUUCAGGAUCUGUCGUGGUGUGGAAUCGCUGGGGGGUAGCCUGAGUGUGACGUCAUCGAGAGAAACCAUGGUCUACACAGUAGACUGCUUGAGAGAUCACCUAGAUUCAUUAAUGGAGUAUUUGGUCAAUGUGACCUCAGCUCAGGAGUUCCGGCCGUGGGAGGUGAAAGACCUGACGCCCAGGGUGAAGACUGAUAAAGCUCUGGCUCAGCAGUGUCCUCAGAUAGGUGUAAUUGAGAAAUUGCAUGAGGCAGCGUACAAAAACGCCCUGUCCAACUCUCUGUACUGCCCUGACUACAUGGUCGGUCGAAUCUCUCCCAACCAGCUGCAUUCAUUUGUUGAGGACAAUUUCACCACUGGCAGAAUGGCUCUUGUAGGACUUGGUGUGAAGCACUCUGUCCUGAGGCAGGUGGGCGAGGGGCUCCUGAGUGUCCGCACUGGUGCUGGAGCACCUACGGCUAAGGCUGUGUACCGUGGAGGUGAGCUGCGGGUUCAGACCAACGACGACCUGGUCCAUGCACUGAUUGCCAGUGAGGGUGGUGUGGCAGGUAGUGCAGAGGCUAAUGCCUUCAGCGUGUUGCAAAGGAUCCUGGGAGCUGGGCCACAUGUAAAGAGAGGCUCCAACAUCACCAGCAAAAUGAGUCAGGGUAUUGCCAAAGCUACUGGACAGCCCUUUGAUGCCACAGCCUUCAAUGCCUCAUACUCGGACUCUGGUCUGUUUGGCAUCUAUACAAUUGCACAAGCUGACUCAGCAGGAGAGGUGAUCAAAGCUGCAGUUGCUCAAGCAAGAGGUGUGGCUGAGGGAAAUGUAUCAGCAGCUGACAUCACCAGAGCAAAGAACCAGGUGAAAACAGAGUACCUGAUGUCACUCGAGAGCCCUGAAAGCCUUUUGGAGGAGAUCGGUGCUCAGGCUCUGGCCACUGCAGGGUACCAGCUCCCCGACAAUGUUGUCCAGGCUAUAGAUGCUGUAACCAAGGACGAAGUGGUCAAGGCUGCAAAAAAAUUUGUAGAUGGCAAGAAGACCAUGGCAGCUAGUGGAUGCCUUAAGAAUACCCCGUUCGUAGAUGAAGUAUGAAAGCAAAGUAUAAGAAGUGCUGAUGUUAAAUCAGGCAUGAUGUGCCUGGCUGCGUAAAACAGAAAGAGGACCUCAGAGCUCAGACCUCAGAACCACAGCCACCUGCAGCAGUUCAUCUGAUUUCAACAGUCAAUUGUAAUUUGUCCUGCAGUAAGUGUAAACACCACACCAGGGAGCCAGAGAAUCAUAAUGCAAUUUUUUUUUGUUUUGUCAAUUUAAGUGUAUAUCUAUGUAAAUUAAAAUAAUAACUUGAAGAACA